UGUGUGUGUGAGUGUGAGUGUGUGUGUGUGUGUGUGUGUGUGUGUGUGUGUGUGUGUGUGUGUGUGUGAGUGUGUGUGUGUGUGUGUGUGUGUGUGUUGUGCUGGGUGUAAAUUGAGCUCGAGUUUCCAGGCGAGUGCUUGCUCUCUCUCUCUCACAGCGUGUGUGUGCGUGAGUGUUUGUGUGCGUUAUCAUUAUUAUCCAGCCUGCUUCGAGCUCAUGAUGGCCAGAUUCACUGAGACUGAAACGAGACGAGAGCAGCAUCACCAUCUAGCUCACUGCAGCCUCGUCCUCGCAGCGCCGAACCAGCACCCGAACCAGUACCCGCCUCCGCAGCUCGCCCUCCCCAAACCCAUGAACGGCUCCGAGCCCCUCUCCAUUCACCCAGACAGCGGCAGCAGCAUGAAGGACCGGGACGCCAUAAAGCUCUUCAUCGGGCAGAUUCCCCGGAACCUGGAGGAGAAGGAUCUGAUGCCGCUGUUCGAACAGUUCGGGAAGAUCCACGAGCUGACGGUGCUGAAGGACCGGUACACGGGCAUGCACAAAGGUUGUGCCUUCCUCACAUACUGUGCCAGGGAGUCUGCAAUCAAAGCACAGAAUGCUCUGCAUGAACAGAAGACGCUUCCUGGGGUAAGUGAACGCUUUAUUGGUGCCUGUGGACUAGAUCCACACAGCAAGCCCCCAGUCAGUACAGACAACCACAGAGACUCUGUGGACCUGCACCGGGAAACCAUGGCAUCUUCUUCACCUGUCAUUAAACCAUGCGGAGCAGCAGAACACAAGUCUGUGCACGUCUGUUCACUGAGUUAUGGGCUUAUCAAAUUCUGCAACUGGAAGCAAACAUCAUUUCUAGGGUGAAUACAUUUUAGUGGGUUCCAUUGGCAUCUCCAUCGUAAUCCGAAUGCAUUACCUUGACAAGCCCCAGUCUAGACCAC